GGGUGGGGGGACAUAAGGAGAGAAUGAGGUUUAAGGUUAAUGGGAAGUGCCGACUGCAUUUCCAGGGGCUGUGAUGAGAUAAAGGGGGAGAAAGGGAGAGGAGGACAGAAAGCGAGGCUCACAUAGAAAACCCUGGAUCAUCAUCUUCAUCAUCACUCUUCAUCUCUUGCCUAAAUUUAGGCCAGACUGGGCGUGUGUGCAAGGUAAGCAAAGUGAUGUGGGUGAGGGAGUGUGUGUAGUCAGUUUAAACAGGGGUGUGUGUGCAUGUGUGUGUGCGUAUGUGUGUGUAUGUAUAAACUGGUAAAGGAUCAAUUCUAUGUUGAUGUAUCUGCACAUUGACAUUAACAAAACUGAAACUGAUUAUAUUCAACAGCAAAGAAUGUGUGAAAUCCACAAUGGGGUCAGUCUUGAAUUCACUCAUGUCAUUUAUGUUUGUAGAUCUCUAAAUAUUUGCCAUUAUUGUGCGAAGAGUAGAAAAUGAUUUGGAAAUGAGCUCGGGAAUUUGAGCACUGAUGGUUUUUUAGAUGUCUUUGACCACAGUUUCAAAAACAAUGAACAGUUGAGGCAAACUGGAAGUUAAAAAGGUAAAAAGUAUAUUUGAACAAAAUUAUAUUGGCUUGCAUAAAAUCAUUACAUGAUUUUAACUUGUAUUUUUUCAGAUGUUGUUCAGUGAAUAAAUUAUAACUGAUAUCCAAAUAUGCUAAUUUCAUUGGCUGACAAUGAUGUCAUUAUCUCCGGAGCGUCCCUACUUGAGCUGAGAAGAUUCCACGGUUACCUGAUGCUGGAUUUUCCUGUGAUGUCACUGUGAAGUCAUUGUGAUGUCACUGGCUAUGGAUGAAACAGCAGGGGACCUCCCAGUGAGGGAUGUGGGACUACGUGGGGGGCUUCCGCAAGAUCGCGGGCGUGUGUUUCGCCAGUCCAGGGAGCAGAUAGAGGAGCAGUGCCUUCGGCUACAGGAGGAGAACACUCUGCUCAGACAUCACUGUCGAACCCAGGACCACCGCCUGCGCAGGAUGUCGGCCAAACAGCUGCGCCUGAGGGAGGGCCGAGCCGGCAGCUCUGGCCUGCGGGAGGCGGAGCUAGAGGAGACGGUGCAGGAGCUGGAGGGGCGGGUCUCUGCCCUGGAGAGCCAGAAGAGGGCGCUGCAGAGCAAGCGAGCCUGCCGCAGCUCGGCGGGCCAGAGCACCACUCCUGGCUCGACACACUCUCUGCUUUCAGGGAGGAGCCAAGACACAGAGGGCGGAGUCAGGAGGGCAGCACAAACAGCUCCUCCCCGAUACGGGCUGGGCUCCCUACAGAACACCAGGGAAGAAACAGAGAGACUCAGGUGUAGUGUGAUAGAGACGCAGCAGGUAAGGAUGGCAGAGCUGGAGUCAGCGGUUCAGUCACUGCGAGACGCGCUCAGAGAGAAGGAGAGGGAGAUUGAGGACAGCAUGAGAGAACUGAGGAGACAGCAGGCGGAUGGACACAGGGUGUCAAUAAGAGAGAAUGUGGACAUGAUUCGCCAGCAGAAACAGCUUUCAGAAAAGAGCGCCGCCCUGCUGGUCAUCCAAGAGAAGUUCACUGUACUGCAGGAGGUUUAUGAGGCCCAGCUGGAGGAGAGCCAAAAGCCACUGAAGGAGAGUCAAGAGGCCUUGCUGGCAAAGGUAGAGGAGCUAACUGAGCAGCUGAAGCAAGAGAGGCAGAGAGCUCUGUGCCUUGAAGGACAGCUCACCACUGCCACCUUCUCAACCCAAGCCCUGGAGGAGCUGCAGGAGCGCUUGAGUGAUGUAGCAGGAGAGAGGGAUCUUCUAAGGCAGAGUUAUGACAGGCUGCUGGAGAGUACACUGAACACACAGAACCAGCAGAGUGAGCAGAACGGCAGAGAGAGAGAAGGGGCAAAAGGGCUGGAGCAGAGCUGGAGGGCAGAGCUACAGCAGCUUGAGGAGAGGCUGGAGGCGGAGCAACAGGAGAGAGAGAGGCUAGAGGAGGAGAAGGAACGGAUGCGACAGGAGAAGAAGAGAACUGAGGAGGAGAUCCAGAGGGAAAGAGAGACUUCAGACUCACUGAGAGAGAAGCACAGUUCCCUUGAGCAGAAAGUUUUACAGUACAGAGAGGAAGUGACAUCACUGCAAGAGAGACUGGAUUCCGUUACAAAGGAGUUUGACAUGAGCGUGGAGGAUUUGAGUGAAACUCUUCUUCAGAUCAAGGCAUUCAGGCUUCAGAGGGAGGGAGAGGACAAGCUGCAGUUCCUGCAGCCUGAUGGGAAGGUGGAGGACUGUUCUCGAGAGCUGACCAGCCUGCAGGCGUCACACGCAGAGACUGUGCUGGAGCUGCACAAGUGCAGAGACAUGCUACUGCUGCAACACCGCAUCAACACUGAGCUACAGGGGGAGUUAAAGACUGUGAUAGAGGGAUCAGAAACAGAGAGGAAGGAGAACAGAAAGCGACUGAUAGAGAAAGACAGACUGCUGGAGAGAAGAGCCCAGAGAAUAACCACCUUGCAGGCUCAACUCAAGGAACUGGCCUACAGUCCCAAAAACUACAAACGGUCCAUACCACUUCAGUACACCUGGGCGGGGGGGGACAGAGAAGUGGCUGAACAAGUGGAGGAUGAUACCAUAUUUUCCCAGUUGCGGGGGGGAGAGUCUCUGCUUGAGAUCCACCUCAGGGGGGCUACCUUCACCCCCAAGGGGCUCCGGACCAUGGGAAGGGGGCGGGACGAGCCCGGGACCGGGGGUGAGGACAGAGGUCAGGAGGUCGUGACCUUCUGCACUUACUCUUUCCUGGACUUUGAGACGCACUCCACACCUCUGGUUUGUGGGCCCCAGCCAAAUUAUGGCUUCACGUCCCGCUACCCCCUGUCAGCGCGUGACCUGGGGCAGGUCAGGGCGCAGGGGGGCAGGGUCAGGGUGGAGGUGCACCAGGCGCUGGGGGGGGUGCAGUUUAGGACCAGGGGGCGGGCGUGGAUCCCCCUGUCUGAGGCAGCAGAGAGUGUUGAGCAGCGACUGAAUGGAAAGGCAAAUAUUACAGGUGCAGCAGGGGAAAUUUUGGGGGUGCUGGAGUACUGGGUGCACCUGUACCCCCCAACGGAGCUGAGGGACACACUGGCUGACAGACGGACAGCCGCACCCACCCUCUCUCUCCACACUUUGACCUGGGAGGAGGGGGUGACUGAGGAGCCCUUUGACUAUGGCGGAGGGAUACCUAAUGAAUUGGAAGUGGUGUUGGACCGUUGUGUGGGCCUCAGUGCACAUUGGCCGGGACUACUUCCGGACACCUACCUGCUGUACCGCCUGUACGACCUGCCCCCCCACGCCACUCCCACAAUCCCCGGCAGCGCCGACCCGGUGUUCGGUGACGUGGUGUCCUACCCCCUGGCCGCGACCCCAGACCUGCUGCUGUACCUGCGGGGGGGCAGUCUGUGGGUGUACGCCUUUGACGACAGGGACGACCAAACUGCCAGCUCCUAUCUGGCCAAAACCCCCAUCCCCCUGCGCAACCUGGCCACGGGACGCCCAAUCAGAGGUGACUAUGUGCUGAGAGAUGCAGGCGGCUGCCCCCAUGGCAUGGUCAGAGUGUCUCUCCGAUGGAAGUACCCCUUCCAGCCUCCGCAGGUGCUGCAGAGCACAAGGGAGGGGACUGAAUCCCCAAAAACCGCAGUUGCCAAACCCAGGCCCCGCCCCCCACCAAUCAGGCUGCGAGGAUGUCAGAGAACCACGCCCCCCAAGAAUCCUGAGCCAGUUAAAACUACACGGCUCCUGUCACCUGACCAGGGCACACCCCUCCUUACACCAGAACCAGCCCAAGCAACACCUCUCCAAUCCCAAGCACAAAAAAAAUCCACGCCCGUGAGGUCACCUGAGCUCAAAAGGACCACGCCCCUUAGGUCACUGGUCCGAGAACGAAAGGCACCCCGGACUCCUUCAGCAUCACCUACAAGGGGUCUCUCGACUGAUCCCCAAAUACAGGAAGUCCAGUCGCCAGAGCAGGAAGUGGAGGAGGAAGUGGAGGAGUUGGUUGUUGAAGGUCUGGAAGAGGAAGAGGACAGGAGUGAGAAAGCUCCUUUGGACAACGAGGUUACUGAAUCCAGUGAAUCACAAGCUUCCUCUGGCAGUGAUAUCAUCAUUGUACCAGACCCUACAAGAGUUGCUACAAAGGGGAAUAAACUGAGAGUGGAAAUCCUUUCCCUGUCACUUGACCCCGCCUCCUGCGUUGCCCUCGACCAGUCAGUGCAGCGUGUCUAUGUGGAGUACCGCCUCCUGGGCGUUCCCAUGGAAACCACUGAGACUCCCAUAUCUCUACGGAAACCAAUUGCAGGAGAGGAGAUACAUUUCAACUUCAUACGAGUGAUCUAUGUGGACAGUGCUGAGGCAGCCCCUCUCAGACAGUACCUGUACACCAUGAUGGAGGGCACUGACCCCAACCAGGGCAGGUUAAAGUUCACAGUUGUGAGUGAACCAAUGGAUGAAGAGGAACAGGAAUGUGUGGACAUUGGCCACGCUUACCUGGAUUUGAAGGAAGUGCUGCUGACAGGAAGUGAUGUCACAGAGCGCCAAUUAGACAUCAUGGGUGUGGGUGAGGAAGAGGAGGACACGGUGGGGAAGCUGAAGGUCUCGCUGGAAGCAGCUUGGGCCCUGAAAGAAAUCUACUGGGAGCAUCGCGGCCACCGACAGAGAGAGGGAGAGACUGAGGAGGACGAGGAGGAGGAGGAGGAGGAAAAGAAGAGAGGAGAGAAGGAACAGACCCAAGAUGAUGAUGAUUUUUAGAAACUUGACUGAGUGUGCUAGAGUCAACUGUGAACACACACAAGCAGGGACAAUAUCACAAAUAAUGAACAAUAAUACACUAUUUAUAAAACUAAAUCCCCCCCAAUAAAUGUGCUUCUGAACUACUAACUAAA